AUGUCAUUUAAGAGCAAAUUAAAGGAGAUUAGGGAUGAUAUUACUACUACAUUUUCAAUGGGAAAGUUACAGAGGAACAGAGCAAAUCGUAGGGGGAGAGCUUAUAUUGCGCCUGAAUUAGGAGGUGGGUCUGAUUUGUCGAGUGAGUUGAUAGAAGUACAGAGUUUAUGGGCUAAUUUGCCACCAGAAUUGCUACACGAUGUGAUUCAGAGAGUUGAGGGUACUGAAACUUCAUGGCCUGGAAGAAGAGAUGUUGUUGCUUGUGCUUCAGUUUGUAAGUCUUGGAGAGAGAUUACUAAAGCUGUUGUUAAGACCCCAGAACAGUGUGGUUGCAUUACUUUUCCUAUCUCGCUAAAGCAGCCGGGGCCGAGAGAUGCUCCUAUUCAAUGCUUUAUUAAGAGGGAAAGGGCCACUUCCACUUAUCAUUUGUAUCUCGGUCUCAGUCCUGCUUUGUCAGGUGAUAUGAGUAAAUUAUUAUUAGCAGCAAAGAAGAUUAGGAAGACUACAAGCACAGAUUUUCGGAUAUCAUUUGUGGGAAGUGAUUUCUGUCAAACCAGCAAUACCUAUGUUGGAAAACUGAGGUCUAAUUUCCUGGGGACCAAGUUCACCAUUUACGACAGUCAGCCUCCAUGCCCAGCUAUGAAAUCCAAUUGUAAGCUCCAGCGUAAAGUCCGUUCCAUCCAAGUGUCUCCAGGGGUGCCUGCUAGAAAUUAUAAUGUGGCCACUGUAUCUUAUGAGCUCAAUGUCCUUCGUACCCGAGGUCCAAGGAGAAUGCAUUGCACCGUCCACUCGAUCCCUAUUUCUGCUAUCCAAGAAGGGGGACUAGCCCCUACUCCAUUGGAAUUCGAUGAUCCUGGUGAUGAGCAAUCUCCUCCAUUUUCUAUUUCAAUAGUAAAGCAACCACUUAUUGAUUUCAGCUCGACUAGCCUUGCCGACUCAUCCGAAUCAACUUGUAGCAAAAGGGAUCCCCUGGUUUUGAAAAAUAAAGCUCCUAGAUGGCACGAGCAGCUGCAGUGUUGGUGUCUAAAUUUCAAAGGGCGUGUUACAGUGGCCUCUGUGAAGAAUUUCCAGCUGGUGGCAGCUGUGGAGCCUUGCCAAAAUGUUCCAAUAGAAGAACAAGAAAAAGUUAUUCUGCAGUUUGGAAAGAUUGGGAAAGAUAUCUUCACCAUGGACUAUCGAUACCCCCUCUCUGCCUUCCAAGCUUUUGCAAUCUGCUUGAGUAGUUUUGACACUAAACCAGCUUGUGAAUGA